AUGUCAGGCGGCGGAGACAUCCACGCUCUGUGCGACGACGCGCUCGCGGAGAUCCUCGUCCGCCUCCCGUCGGAGUCCGUGCUGCGCUGCCGCGCCGUGUGCAAGAGCUGGCGCCGCAUCGCCACCGGCCGCUCCUUCCUUGCGGCGCACGCCGCCCGCAGCCCGCGCGAGAUGAUCACCCUCACCCAGUCCUGGACGUUGAGCGCCGUCCCCCUCUCCCCCGGCCUCGACGCGGCGGACGACGGGGCGCGGCGCCGCUACCUCUGUGACCUGAGCCGGUACCACGGCGACGGCAAAUGGGCGGGCUGGAGUACGCUGGUGGCCUCCCUCGACGGCCUGCUCGUGCUGCAACAGCGUCCGGGCCUCUACGUCGUGUGCAACCCGACCACGAGGCAGUGGACCAACCUGCCCGUGCUGGCUCCACAGCCGUGCGCCGCAGCCUUCCAGUGCGGCUUCUACCACCACCGCCCCUCCGGAGAGUACCGCCUCCUUUGCCAUGCCGAAGAACACAGGGAGCCCGGCUCCUCGGACUGGAAAGACUACUACUACACCCUAUCGGCUGGCUCCACCCUGCCCCGGCGGCUGGCGCGUGCUCCGGCGGACCGCCCAUACAAAACGGAUUUCUACGAGUUACCCGUUGCUCAUCGCGGAACCCUCUACUGGCUCUGUCUGCACCCCGAACGCAGGCGCACAGGCAAGAUGCUCGCGUUCCAUACGGAUUCCGAGACGUUCCGGCUGGUGUCGCGGCCACCCACGGGCUAUGCGCCGCCGGUGUCGGCGCUGCUGGAGCUAGACGGGGCGCUCUGCGCCGUAGCUAACCGGAAUUGGAUGCUGCUGGACGUCUGGGUCUUGCAAGACUACGAGGCUGGGAGAUGGACGCUGCGCCAUCGAGUGGCGGCGCCACCACCGAAAUGCUCAGAUGGCCGUGGCCUUUUGGCGACCUGGGCGAUCUCUGUUGACGGUAGCACCAUCCUUGUAGGAGACGGCAUCUCUGGUGUGAUUGGAUUGUGCGAUCUCGAAGAGAAGAGUAUGAAGGAAGUGCAGCUCCACUCAACUCCUACGUUCGUAAUGUUCAGUGAGAGCCUCGUUUCACAUGACUUCUUCCAAGCGCCUCGGUGCCCUGAGCUCGCGCCGCUCAAGUUUCCCGAUUGA